AUGAUCGAGAGCGUGGCGGGGUGGAUCACGAACAACAUCAAGGCGUCCGCGUGCGACAUCCCGCUGAAGGACCUCGAAAUGGUGGUGACCUUCGCCCGCGACUCCGCGACGAUCCAGGAGAUGUUCCAGCUCACGGCGGACCAGAUCUCGAACAAUAUCAAGGCCCCCGAGUACGACAUCCCCCUGAAGGAUCUCAAAAUGGCGGUGGUCUUCGCCAGCAACUCCACGACGAUCCAGGAGGGGUUGAAGCGCGCGGCGGAGUGGAUCCCGGACAACAUCAAGGCGUCCGUGAGCGACAUCCCGCUGGAGGGCCUCAAGAUGGUGGUGGCCUUCGCCAGCAACUCCGCGAGGAUCCAGGAGAUGUUCGAGAGCACGGCGGAGUGGAUCGCGAACAGCAUCAUGGCGUCCGUCGCCGGCAACUCCACGGCGACCCAGGAGAUGUUCAGGCUCGUGGCGGAGUGGACCCCGAACUGCAUCAAGGCCCCCCUGCACAACAUCCCGCUGAACGACAUCAAGGCCUCGGUCGUCGCCGCCGGCAACUCCACGACGAUCCAGGAGGGGCUGAAGCGCGCGGCGGAGUGGAUCCCGGACAGCAUCAAGGCGUCCGUGAGCAACGUCCCGCUGAAGGACUUCAAGAUGGCGUUGGCCUUCGCCAGCAACUCCGCGAGGAUCCAGGAGAUGUUCGAGAGCAUGGCGGAGUGGAUCCCGAACAGCAUCAAGGCGGCCGUCGCCGGCACCGCCGCGGCGAUCCAGGCCCCCCUGUACAACAUCCCGCUGAACAACAUCAAGGCCUCCGAGUACGACCUCACGCUGAAGGAUCUAAAGAUGGCGGUGGUCUCCGCCGCCGGCAACUUCACGACGAUCCAAGAGGGGUUGAAGUGCGUGACGGAGUGGACCCCGGACAGCAUCAAGGCGUCCGUGAGCGACAUCCCGCUGAAGGACCUUAAGAUGGCGGUGGCCUUCGCCAGCAACUCCGCGAGGACCCAGGAGAGGUUCGAGAGCAUGGCGGAGUGGAUCCCGAACAGCAUCAAGGCGUCCGUCGCCGGCAACUCCACGGCGAUCCAGGAGAUGUCCUGGCUCGUGGCGGAGCGGGCCCCGAACAGCAUCAAGGAGGACUUCCCGCGGAAGGACCGCAUCCUCGGGGAGAGGAGACGGAACGCGGACCACGCGCAGAGGGAGACGGGCGCGAAGUUGCGGUUGACUGGCAAGGGCACCGGCGACAGCGACGCGCCUCUCACGUUGUCCAACGCUGCGUCGGGCGCGGUCGGCGACACCGAGUUCGACAAGGCGGUGGAGUUGCGCGAAGACCUGCUCGAGCCCAUCUACGAAGAGGCCGCCGGCUGGGCCGGCGCGGACGAGGACGCCGAGCCCGGCAAGGGCGCGAAGGGCAAGGGGAAGUCGAAGAAGGGCAAGUCCGACGGCAAAGGGAAGGACAAGGGCAAGGAGAAGGGCAAGGGCAAGAGGCUCGUGGUGGAGUGGACCCCGAACGGCAUCAAGGCCUCCCUGUACAACACCCCGCUGAAGGGCGUCAAGAUGGCGUCCGCCGACGACGACUCCACGGCGACCCAGGCGUCCGUGUGCGACAUCCCGCUGAAGGAACUCGACGUGGUGGUGGCCUCCGCCAGCAACUCCACGACGAUCCAGGAGAUGUUCGAGCUCGUGGCGGACCAGACCCCGAACAACAUCAAGGCCUCCGAGCACAACAUCCCGCUGAAGGACCCCGGCAUGGCGGUGGCCCUCGCCAGCACCUCCACGACGACCCAGGAGACGUUCAGGCUCGCGGCGGACCAGGUCCCGAACAACAUCAAGGCCUUCGAGUACAACUUCCCUCUGAAGGACCCCGACAUUGUGGUGGCCCUCGUCAGCAACUCCACGACGAUCCAGGAAAUGUUCGAGCUCGUGGCGAACCAGGUUCCGAACAACAUCAAGGCCUCCGUGUACAACAUCCCGCUGCAGGACCUCAAGAUGGCGGCCGUCGACGACGAUUCCACGGCGACCCAGGUGAUGGCCCAGGUGGCGGCCUCUUGGCGGCGGUGGUCAGCAGCGCUGGGCCUUAAGGAGAACAGGAGCAAGGAGCAGUUCGGCCACCGCACGAAGGCGGGGCGACGGCAGCUGAGGGCCCAGGCAGGGUUCACAGAAGCCACGGUGCUGGCGCAGCCACUGCUGCUGGGGCGCCACUUCCAGCCCUCCCAACGGCGCCGCAAGGCCCCCAAGGAGGAGGCGAGGCUGGCAGCGGCGCAGGCAAGGAUGCGGAGGCUGGCGAUCAUCCCGCGGUCGGGGCUGGCCAAGCGACGCUUUGCAGCAGGCACUAUGGCCGUCGCCUUGCGGGGCUGGGUGGCCCGGCCGCCCAACCAGGCAGACGUGGACAGGCUCGGCGCCGCCGCGCGACGAGCUCUGAGGGCGGCCAGAAGAGGCUCCCCGCACCUCUUCGAGAUGCUCGUCGGCCACUCGGCGUCGGCGUCGCAUCGGAUGAUGGAGGCGCCAGUCGCGGCAGCGGCCCGGAGGGCGCUGAAGACCCGAGUUCCGCCGGAGAAAGGAUGGAGGUGGACCCGCCCAGGCACCGGCGGGGCGGUCAGCCUGCGGCCAGAAGACGCCGUGUCGGUGAGCAAGCUGAAGCAUGACCUCCGCGAGGGGUGGCGCGCGCACCGGUUCGCACAGUGGCGGCGCUCGACGCGCAACGAUGCCGAAUUCUGCCGCGGCGCAGUCCAGUGCGACAGUCUACGACUGAAAGAAGCGCAGAAGCACCUGCAGAGGCAGCCUGCCAUCUUGCCCGUGCUCACGGGCGCCGCGAUGAGCUGUGCGGCGUGGCAGUCGGCCCGCAGGGAGGAGAUCGCGUGUCCGGCCUGUGGCCUGGAAGGCGGCGGACACCUCAUCCACCUCGCGUGGGACUGCCCGGGGGCCUCCGGGGCCGCCCACCGCAGACGGCCGCCACGGCCAGCAGACCCGAUGCAGGCGCGGCUGGGGUGGCCCAUCCGAGAGGACCCAGGCUACUCGAUCAACGUGCUGGACUGGCACCUGCAG